UACAAGAAAGAAGAUUUCUAUGUUGUUUGUCAUUUGUAGUGACUUCUUGUACUAAGGAUCUCAGUGCAAUAGAGGUUUAUGAAUCGAGUUCUCCACUUAUAAACAGGAGCCAAACAGAAGGAAGGAUUCCGGGAUAAUUUUACAGAUAGCUCCAUUUUCUUGUUAACCUCUUCCAGCUAAAGUUUGCCAUUUUUCACAUGAUUUCCUGAUUAUACCCUUCAGAUCGCUAGUGAUCCGAGAAACUCUUCCAGAGUGGCUAAAUCGUUAUUGGAAUCCUAUAAAUUGAUGUUUGUAAUAAUUCUCAUGAUUGCAACACUUAUUGCAAUGAUUUCUGGUUCUUCUUGACUAUUUUCAUUAUUUUCUACUCUGUGCGACUCGGGAAGUUUGGAGAGCAAUGGAGAAGCGUAAGAGUGGCGUAGGAUCGAGUUAUGGAUUCACGAAAGAAGUGUAAAACGAGAUGAUACGACUUUGCAUGCAGGCUUUUAUUCUGAGUUCAAUGCUGUUAGCCGUUUCGGCGGCGCCUGGCUGCACCAUUGACCUUGGUUUGAUUGUGGAUGUAACCCAAAGUAUCAAAAAAGAAAACAUCGUUACUGUGAAAGCGGGAUUAGCCAAACUAGUGCAACAGUUUGGCGUGUCAGAAGAUGGCACACACGUAUCGUUGGAAACAUUCGAUAAUAAAAGCACCAUCCAUAACUAUUUCAAAGACACCGACCACCACAAUGAAGAAGCUGUUCUUAAUCUGAUAGAACAUUCUAUCGACAAACUGUCUAAGCCAACUCGACUGGACCUUGCUUUGAAAAAAGCUGAUGAAGAAAUGUUUACCAAGGCGACUGGAGAUAGGGCUGGAGUGGAGAGCGUAAUGGUUCUGUUCACAGAUGGUCGAUCACAUCCCUCUCAGACUGAAACUGAUGCUUACAGAAUAAGCGUAGAAAAUAUGAGGCAAAGAGGUGUCCGUGUGUUCGUUUUUGGAAUUGGUCCGGAUUCACGGAAGGAAAAACACCAGGAAGUGUUGAGGCUGAUUGCAGGGGAUGCUGUGUUCUUCGACCAAGAUUACAGCAAUAUCGAUGAGGCGAUCAACAAUUUAACGGAUCUGAUGUGUCCUUGCCAGAAUUCUACAGGAAUGGACCUGGCCCUUUUGGUGGAAAGGACACGCAGCCUUGGAAAGAGAAACUUCUUGUUACUCAAAGGUUUUGUCCUUAAGCUCGUCCAAGCGCUGUCAAUUGGACCCGACCAGACCCACGCUGGAAUUAUUCUGUUUUCCAGACGACUGCGGAUAUUGAAUACUUUUAGGAACACAAAUUACCACAGUAACGAAGCGUUGUACAAUCGUAUCGACAGCAUCCGUACAGAAUUGGGCAGGGGAGCGUCCAUCGACAGGGCGCUGAAGGCAGCUAACACUUUACUCUUUACUAGAAAGGGAGGUGAUAGGCCUGAUUUCCCAAACACGCUGAUUCUCUUUACAGAUGGAAGAACAAAUAAGGCCUCGAGACCAUACGCAAAUACGAUUCGUUCACUUAAGGCUAAAAACGUUAAAAUUAUCGUUGUUGGUAUCGGAGAUUAUCAGAAGUUUCAGGGUCAACUGGAAGAAAUUGCAGGAGACCUCGUUUUCAACGUCCAAGGUUUUAGCAAAAUAUCCACUUUGUUAAACAGCAUCAUGUCUGAAAAGUGCAAAAAUGAAAGGCCUGGAUGGGGAUGAAAUAGAAGGCGAGUUAAUUACCCUUCCAUGUUGAAGGAUGACUACUUGAAGCAGUAUUCGGCGGUUUACUUAUGGAUUAAAGUACGAGAUUUGUCAAGCAGAGUAAUGUAAGGGGCACCCAAUAAAUAUGGCAAUACGUAAUAAAAGGUGUUGGGAAGUUUUAUCUCCUGAAAGGACCAGUCAUUAUUUGGUGUGUUAUGUAUCCUCUUUUGUAGGAUGACUACUUAAAGCAGUAUUCGGCGGUUUACUUAGGGAUUAAAAAACGAGAUGUGUCAAGUAGAGUGAUGUAAUAGGCACCCAAUAAAUAUGGCCGGUAAUAGGUA